CACAGAAUCGGAAUCAGGUUUAAUAUCAAUGGCGCAUGUCAUGAAAUUUCUUCACAACCAAGGACAGUUCCAAUGAACUCCAAUACCUUACAAGUUCCCUCACCUGGAACCAAUCAAAUUAGUUAAAUUUACAUUUGAAUGCUUGCGGAUGGACGAGAGGUGUCAAGCCUUAAUUUUUCUGAGGACUGCAUUGCUUCCUUGGCUAGUCUGCUACUCAGAGACUCCCUCUGCAGAACUCGCCCAUCACUACACGCUGAAAGAUGGAGGGGCAGGAUCAAUGGUGUGCAGAUUCCUCACAGAGCUCGGCUGAAACAGCCCCUUAUCGUGACCAUGUGACCAAGCCUGCAGGGAGCCAUGGUGAGGAUGGUGGUGACUGGCAGGUUAAGGCGUGGCCUCAGUACAUCGAGGAACGGCUACAGCGGUUUGAGAAACUGAAGGAAACCUAUGACAAAAUCCUGCAAGGGAGAGUUUUGAAGGAGAGCCGGCCGAUCAAGAUCCGGCUUCCGGAUGGGAAGUUUGUGCAGGGAGAGUCGUGGAAAUCCAGUCCUUAUCACAUCUUCAGAGAAAUCAGCCGGAGUCUGGCGGAGGGGGCGGUGGUGGCCAGGGUGAACGGAGUGCUGUGGGAUCUGCAGCGUCCACUGGAAGGGGAUGCGAACGUUGAGCUUCUGCAGUUCGGCAGUGAGGCAGCAAACGCGGUGUACUGGCACUCCAGUGCCCACGUGCUGGGCGCUGCCAUGGAGCAGCUCUACGGAGGCUUGCUGUGCCGUGGCCCAAACACUGAGAGCGGCUUCUUCUAUGACAUGCACUUAGAAGACAGGCUGAUCCCCAGGAGUGACUUCGCCCAGCUGGAAAGCACCUGCCAAUCGAUGGUGAAGGAGAGACUCCCUUUCGAGAGGGUGGAGGUGCGGAAGGAGGACCUCAUUGAACUCUUCAAGUACAACAAGUUCAAGCUGCGGUUUAUCGAAGAGAAAGUGAUGUCGCCAAUGGCUACAGUUUACAGGUGUGGGUCGCUGGUUGAUUUGUGUCGAGGACCACACAUAAGGCACACUGGCCAGAUCAAAGCUUUCCGUAUUGAGAAGAGUGGGGCUGUGCACUGGGAUGGGAAACCCCACAUGGAGCCUCUGCACAGGAUCCACGGCAUAGCCUUCCCGGAAAACAAGGCUCUGAUCGAAUGGGACCGGUUGCAGGAAGAAGCAAGAAAUCGGGAUCAUCGGAAAAUUGGAAAGGAGCAAGAAUUGUUUUUCUUCCACGAGCUGAGUCCUGGCAGCUGUUUCUUUCUCCCCAAGGGAGCCCACAUCUACAACACUCUCACUGACUUCCUCAAGAAGGAGUAUCGGAAGCGAGGCUUUGUGGAGGUGGUGACUCCCAAUGUGUACAACAAAAGAUUAUGGGAGCGCUCAGGCCAUUGGGAUCAUUACAGCGAGAACAUGUUCUCCUUCAAGCUGGAGAAUGAGACAUAUGCUCUGAAGCCUAUGAACUGUCCCGGGCACUGCCUGAUGUAUAACCACCGCCCCCGCUCCUGGCGUGAGCUCCCGCUGCGACUGGCCGACUUUGGGGUCCUGCACAGGAACGAGUUUUCAGGGGCUCUCUCGGGUCUGGUGCGUGCCCGCCGCUUCCAGCAGGAUGACGCCCACAUCUUCUGUACCCUGGAGCAGAUAGAAGAGGAGAUUAAGGGCUGUCUGGACUUCCUGCAGACUGUUUACCAGGUCUUUGGCUUCAGCUUCCGCCUCUACCUGUCAACACGGCCGGAGAAAUUCCUGGGAGACGUCGCCAUCUGGGACCAGGCGGAGAAGCAGCUGGAGAGGAGUCUGCAAGACUUUGGCCUGCCCUGGGAGCGAAACCCAGGAGAUGGAGCCUUCUACGGCCCCAAGAUCGACAUCCAGAUUAAGGAUGCAAUUGGUCGCAAUCACCAGUGUGCCACUAUCCAGCUGGACUUCCAGCUCCCAAUCAGAUUUGACCUCAGCUACAUCAGCAAAGAUAGCAGCAAUGCCAAGAGACCUGUGAUGAUUCACCGUGCUAUCCUCGGGUCGGUGGAGCGGAUGAUCGCAAUCCUGACAGAGAACUACGCGGGAAAGUGGCCACUCUGGCUAUCGCCCUCGCAGGUCAUGGUGAUUCCCGUUGGCAACAGCACUGAAGAUUACGCACACCAGGUACACCAGCAGCUUGUGGAGGCCGGCUUCAUGGCGGACAUCAGCUCCGAUCCUGGAUCCACGCUGAACAGGAAAAUCCGGAGCGCACAGUUGGCACAGUACAACUUCAUUCUGGUGGUGGGAGAGAAGGAGAAAUCCACUGGGACAGUCAAUAUCCGCACCAGGGAUGGCAGACAGCAUGGGAUGAGGGAUCUCUCGGACACCGUACGGAGACUGGCUGAGCUGAAGGAGUCACGGUGCAGGAGUGCAGAGGAGGAGUUUUAACCACGUGCUGGGAUGGUAGUGUGAGACUCUCUCACCUUCGAUGCAUGCAGCUCAUCCCCAGGCGUGACUACCCUUCCAGCAAGGCUGCUGAUGUCGUUCCUCCCCUCGGUUCUGUAAUGCUGGUCUCAGUUUGCUUGGGCCUCUUGACGAAGAGCUGCAUGCCCUCAGGAGACUCAGGAGGAGCUGGUUCUGUGUAGGAAUGUGGGGCGUGAUAGAUGGGAGAGCUGGACCAGGGGUGAUAAGGGAGUGUCACAGGGUCAGAUAUGCACCAGCCCCCCCCCUUUUAUGUUGUUCCACCUGCUUCACCAUAACAAAAAUCCUGUGCAAGUGGGCCACAUCAGCGUUCCUCAGUGCCUCCCCCCACCUCCCCGACAUGCCAACGCUUCCUCACUUGGCAUCUCCUCAGCCUCAAGUUACCUUUCUUCAGCCUGACCAUCUAACUGCAGUUUGAACCCUGCCAGGGGCAGGAGACGCACUGAGUGUGGACCAGGCAGAAAGGGCAGAUGCCGGAUCAUUUGUGACAGUAGAAUCUGUACACCAGUGCCCUGACACAGAUGGGAUUUGUUUUCUUUGAAAACUGCCUGUUGUUAAUCCUGGAGAGACAAACCCUAGCGUUGGGUUUUGACUCGAUACUUUGACUGUUUUCUCCCCCCUCUCAGAUGCUGCUUGACUCACUGAGUUCCUCCAGCAGUUUUAAUUCUGCCUCUUCCUUUCCCCGUAAAGAUUCUAGCACUCCGAGUCAGUUCUUGCCCCGUGACAAUCAGAGCGGAGAAAAAUAAUUAAUAAUUGAACUGGGUUUACGUCUCUGUUUCUCUACCCGAGUUAGUGUGGGUGACUGCGUGUUCUUGGGUGUGGAUGCUGAGUUUCUAAGAAAGGUUACGUGUAUAACACACACAGAAUGCUGGAGGAACUCGGCAGGUCAGGCAGCAUCUGUGGAGAUGAAUAAAUAGUCGAAGUUUUAGGCUGAGACCCUUCAGAACAUCAGAUUAUUUGUUUAAUCUGCGUCUGUGACCACAUCUGUGUAGAUUCACGUAUAGUAUGUGUCUUGUCAAUGUUUGCAUCACCUGCCUCAGUGUGAGUGUGUUUGCAUGCAUCACGCUGUGCGUGUGUAUAUAUAAAGAUUUUUUUUCUCACCCCUUAUGGGCGGUAUGUACGUUUGUAUAUGUAUUUUUCCCUCAAUCCCUGGUCGUCUUUCAGAGGCCUUGGAGCUUGAGGGUUUGGUGCAGUACCUUGCUGUUCCUAGUAGUGCCCUCUUCUAGACAGAGAUCUCAGAUGUUGUUCCAGGGAAUUACUGGUUCCGGGAUUUGUUGGAGCCGCUCCCCCAGUCCAGGAGUCACGGCUGGCUUUAACCUUCCACAUCCUUUCAAGCCCUGGUAUUACUCCAGCUUCUCAUACUCUUUCUUCCUGAUGUUACUGUUAUUCAGGAUUGACGCAUCUAUUACUAUUGUUUCUUCGUAUUUCUUGUCCAGUCUUACCAUGUCUGGUUGGUUGGCCAGUAUCUGCUUAUCAGUCUGUAUUUGGAGGUCCCACAGGAUCUUAGCUCUCAUUGUCCACCACCUUCUCAGGUGUUUCCCAUUGAACUUGGGAGUGUCCAAUCCAUACUCAAUGCAGAUCUUCCUGUACACAAUUCCUGCAGCUUGGUUGUGCUGCUCAGUGUAUGCUGUCCCUGCUUGCAUAUUGCAGCCUGCUAUUAUGUGCUGGAUGGUUUCAGUGGAUUCUUUGCAGUCUGGAUCUUGGGUCUUGUCUGGUGUGUUAGACCCCUGCUUCUAUUGCUCUUGUGCUCAGUGCCUAUUCUUCUGCAGCUGUGAACAGCCCUUCUGUGCUGUCCCUCAGCUCUGCCAUUUCCAGCCAUUCGUAGGAUUUUCUUAUGUCAGCCGCCUCUGAUAUCUGGCGAUGGUCCAUCCCGUGCAGUGGCUUGUCCUGCCAUUGGUUCUGGUUCUCGAGCUCUGCUUCACCCACUUCCAUUUCCAUGUCCCCUGCCUGCUGUCUGGGGUAUUUUCCUAGCAGGUCGUCUUUAAGGGCCAUCUUCAUGACAUACUCAUAGAUGUUUCACAUUUCUUCCAGGACCUUGACACUUCCAAGUCUCCGUCCUCUUUUAUUCCAGCGGGUGUACAGUCAUUCAGUGGUGGACUUUGGAUGGAAUCCACCAUGUAUUAUUGGUUUCCAGGUCUUGAUGUCAGCAGCUUCCAGUUUGUUCCUUGGCCAGUAUACUAGUGCAGCUGUAUAUCUAAUGACUGCUAGGGUGACUAUGUUGAUGGCUCUGAUCUUGCUUUCCUAUUCAGCUGUUUUUUUUUUUAGGGCCUGUAUCACUCUCAUGAAGUACUUGGAUGUUGCACCCUUCUGUGUGUUCUAAUCAUGGCUUCCAUACGCCUGCAGGAUCCCCUGUCCUGUACAUCUGAUAUUGUGGCCUUCAGGUAACUUGACUCCUUCAGUCUUGAUGAGUUUGCCUCUUUUCACUACCAUCCAGCUGCACUUUUCCAGUCCAAAUGAUAUCCCGAUGACUCUGCUGUACACCCUUGUCAGGUGGAUUAGUGUGUCAAUGGCUCUUUCAUUUCUGGCAGACAGUUUGAUGUCAUCCAUGUACAGGAGGUGUCUGAUAGUCACUCCACUCUUGAACCUGCACCCAUAUCCACUAUUUGAGAUGAUCUGGCUGAGGGGGUUCAGGCCUAUGCAGAACAGCAGAGGGGAGAGUGUAUCACCCUGGUUUAUUCCACACCUGAUGGACAUUUGUGCUGUUGACUUAGAGUUAACAUCUAGCAUUGGCCUCCAAUGGCCCAUUGAGUUCUUGAUGAAAGUCCUGGUGUCUUGUUGACCUUGUGCAGAGACAGGCACUCCAGGAUCCAUGUGUGGGGCAUUGAGUCGUAUGCUUUCCGGUAAUUGAUCCAGGCUGUGCUUAGUUUAGUUUGUCUUGUCUUGGAGUCUCGCAUGACUGCUUUGUCCACCAGUACUUGGUGCUUGGAGACUCUGGUUCCAUUACCAAUCGCCUUCUGAGCGGGGCUCAGGAAUUUACACACAUGUUCCUUCAGCUUGGUGGCUAUGAUGCCUGACAGGAGCUUCCAUGUUGUUGACAGGCAGAUUAUAGGACAGUAGUUUGAUAGAGUUGCUUCUUUGUGAGGAUCCUUAUUUAUGAAUACUGUACUGUCCUUCCUUGAGUUAGCCAGCCAGAGUACUAGCCUGUUUCAAGCAGCUGAUUAAUUUGAGCUGCCUGCAGUGUAUGUAAUGCUGUCAGUUUCUUCAGCCAAUAGAUGUGGAUCAUGUCAGGCCCUGGUGAUGACCAGUUCUUCAUACUUGCUACCUGUUGCUGCACAUGUAUUGCUGUGAUGGUGACUGGUUCUUCCUCGAAAGUUGCAGAGCCUUGCUUGUAGGUCUUUUGGCCACUGGGCACUGCUGUUAUGUGAUGCUUCUCCCUCACAUAUACUCUUCCAGUACUCCUCAGUUACUGUUCAAGUACUGGCAUGUUGUCACUCUGAAAGCUGUGCUUUUCCUGGUUCUAUGGAGAAGUGUGCAUUUAUUCUCUUGGCCUCUGCAUCCUUAGUGUACCUUUGCCGUCUGGUAGCCCGAGCUGUUAACCCUUGCUUGGCAGUUUUCAGGGCUUCGGCUAUGGACAUGCGUCUGUAGCCGAGAUGAGUCUUUGCGCAGCUCAUUUAGUCUGCUGACUUCUGCCAUUGUGGUUUUCAUCUCAGCUUCCAAUCUUUGUGGGGAAGGGGGGUUUUGACAGUAUUCGUUUUGUAGCUCAGCAUUUCUAGAACAACUGCUGCCCGAUGCAUACAUCAGGUUAUUGUUCUCAGUUAAGUUGGAGGUUGCAGUUUUGAGUAGUGCUUCAUUAGCUGCUUCUAGCAUGCUGUCUGAUGUAAUUUUAUCACGAAGGCUGGGGAGCCUAAUUCAUUGAUUGACAGUCGUCAGUUUAGCCAUGAUCUUCUCGCCGACUGCAGCAGCCGGCAUUGAUAUUCCCCAAGAUGAGGUUUGAACGUGCAUUUCCCGUGUGCGAGGCAAUGAUAUUACCUUUGCACCACCUGUGAGUUGUGGAGGUGGGGUUUGAACUCGUGAUUCCUCAUCGGCUCGGUUCUGCGGUGAUGUUGCGGUAGUGCGUCGUGAUCGUACGUCCAAUUCAAGAUGUGAUAGCGAUCCUCUGUUGACAGUGUUUGCUCACUGGGUAACCAGCAGUCUUCGUUGUUGCCAGAGGCACACGUGUGCUUGGUGCAUCCUCUUUGUCAUGUGGGUUGCUGUUAAAAUAGUAUUCCAUUAAUUUCAUGUUUUCCUGUCUCGUCCAUUUAUAUGCGUGUGUGUGUGUAUAGGCAGAUUCAGGCACACCAUCCCCUGCUUGGUCUGUCUGCACUCUGGACUGAGUGUGGUCGGAAUAUCCCUGAGCAGUGGUUGGAGUAUUCCUGUGCAGUGCUACUACAGACAUGGGAUGGUAGGAUUGGGUUAUCCGUAAGAAGCGCAGGCUGAAAUUCCAACCGGGAGAGGUGAACGCUGGGCAGAAUUGUGAUGUAUAGAACGUCUCAAAUAAAAGUGUCUGGGCAAAAAUCAGUUAACAUUCUAAGUCAGUAACUUUACAAACCUGUCAGAAAGCACUGUGUUCAGACGGUGGUGGGUAUCCCUGGAGCCAAGCGCAUCCCACUGGAACACUGCUGGUGUCCAUCACGUGACUCUACACAGUCAAACCACAGCCAUCGCAGCUGGACUCAGGUUGCUUUGUUCAAGCGUGUGUCGUUCUGUCACCGUGGGAGGGGCGGUGAGGCGGGGUCACACCGUGGGAGGGAUGGUACUGAUGGAGGA